AUGGUCCGCCUCGCGGCCAUCAAGUACCCCUCUCUGCCAAGACCAGAGGCAGUGAUGCAGCUUUUCCAGAAGCACUUGGCCACAUUCCAGGGCACGACCAAAGGAGUCGUGGCCGAGCUGGAUCCAGCUGUGCUCGCCCUCCUUGGGGCUGCCAGGCCAGCACUCCUGAUCCUCUACGAGGGCUACUUUGGGUCGGUGCAUGGGAAUGCAGGGCAGCGGCAAAGCAAAGGAGGAUUUCAGGCAGCGGCAGGCCGCGGACAGAAGGAAGCCAGGGCGUCCCUGAAGCAGUCUUCCAUGGCCCAGAGCGAGUCACAGAGUGCUCUGGCCCAGUGCCUCGCCGACUUCGAGGUCGUGCCCGAGCUGGUGCCCAAGGCCACGGCCUUCUCCGUGUUUCGCGAGGUGGCGAAGACCGCCAUCGUGCCCCGCGAAGUGCAGAAGAAGGUUGCUCCCGACGAAGCGGGCGAGUCCGGGCGAUUUUUCACGUAUAGCCACUUCGCCUGCAGCCUUGCAGUCACUGCGCAGCGGGCUUUUGCAAGUGCAGGCGUGCCAUCGCUGAUGCGACUGAUGCAGUGGAUGGAUGCGUCCAAGGGCCGCGUUCUGUUUAGCCAGAACUUCCCCGGGACGGCUCCAAAAGGCUGUGCCAUCAGCCUCAGGGUCCUGCCCGACAUGGAGAAACUUCCAGAAGACGUGCAGCGAGAGCUCGCGGCUGAGACGCUGAAACAGGCGAUCGGCCAGGAGCCAGCGCAGUCAAGGCAGGAAGGUCCGACACGAGACGAGGAGGUGGGGAAGCCCCGGCGCUCACGCUCUGUGAGCAGCCUGGCUCGUGAGCCGCGGGCGGCCGCGGCGCCACUCCCGGAGUGGGCAAGAUUGGAGAUCCAGAAAACAUUCGGGCACUACGCCUCCCUAGCUGACCCGCUCAAUCGAAGCACCCUGACAUCCCAGAAGUUCGGGCGCUUCCUGAGAGAUUGCGGUCUAUUGGCCAUAGAGGCAGAUGGGCCAGUCACCUUCGACUUCGCGCCGGAAGGCCGCCGUGGCAGUGUACGGCGGCCUUCGAAAUCAGGCUCGGAUUCGCCAGCAGCAGCCACCAGCCCCGGCCUCAGCCGCUCGAGCUCCGCAGGGGCGCUCCGCCGGAGCUCCUUCGGUGGACGCACGGGGCCACGAGGAAGUAUUGGUGGCGAUGCGCCUUCACUCCGCCGUGCGUCCUUUGCCGUCUCUACGGCCCAGGCAGCGCAGGCCAACGUCCAACUGCCUUUGAGAGUCUUCCCAGUUCCCCCGCUGACCCAAGUGGAGGUUGACCUGAUCUUCGUGCAGGCGACUCGACCCGUGGACACGCCCGAACGCCGGAAGUCUGUGGUGCAGGCGGGGGGUGGCUCCAAGCGGCUCAUGACGGUGGAAAGCUUCACGAAAGCCCUUGCUGACGUGGCGAUGCAGUGCAUGGCUCCCGAAGAUGUGUCUGGUGGCUUGGAGAACUUCUGCCGCCGUGUCAUCGUGCCGCUCAAUGGAGUUCUUCUUCGGACUCGCAGCGAGGAGCUGGUUUGUGCGCUUGACCUCAUGGACAAGCCGGAGGUGAAGAAGUUGAUGACCGAUUGCAGUGCCGGGUUGAGCAAGCUCUUCCACUGCUACGCCACGGAGCCUACGGCACGGAGGCAGUGGAACUCAGACUCGGUGACGAGGUUCGCCAUCGACUUCGAUUUCCUUGCCGAGGUCAGCAACCUCCCGUUGCAGCGGAUGUUCCAGGAUGCUUGCCAGCACGCUGGUAACUUCCGCGCCGCCGGAGACCUUUCCGAAGCCUUUACAGCCGAAGACAAGCUCGUCUUCGAAGGCUUCCCGCUCUUCCUCCUGAUGCUGGCAAACAAGAUCCACACGAGUCAGGCUUGCAACGCUCCUGAGGAGAGG